GUCGGGAUGCUGGAGGAAUUGGGGAGGGGGAGGAAUGGGGGGGGGAUGGGAUGAGAGAGUAUGGCGGCCGUCAGGCAAGGGAGCUCAUCGUCUGUUCUGUCAUCUGUUCCCCUACAGAUCCUUUUCUUUUUAGAUGGAAUUUAUUAUGUAUUUUAUUUUUUAGCAGCACUUCUAAUGAUUAUUUAUAAAAGUCAGAUUUUCACUUAUCCAUAUAGUUUAUUGACUCUUGAUCUUGUAUUGCUGUUCUUUAUGGCACUUCUCGAAGUUAUCCGCUUGUACUUUGGUACCAAAGGCAACUUGAGAGAAGAGGAAGCUCCCCUUGGGAUCAGUCUCGGUAUCACUGUUGGCAGUGUGCUUCUGUCAGUCUACUUUCUAGUGUGGCAAACGUAUAUCCUGAGAGCAGAUGUCAUUAUUAAUGUGGUGCUGCUUGUUGCAUAUGGACUUGAAGGAAUUCUACAAAUCAUAGCAAUUGCUGCCUUUGUCAGCUAAAUCAUGUUGAUGCUUGUAUACAUGGUUUUUUUCCUGCAUUUUCUUGCAAUGGAAGCAACAUUUAAAAAUUACACAAAGGAGAUGUCCUGGCAAUUCUGUUCCAUGUGACAUACCAAAGUUGCCUGAGACGUUGGUUAAACAGGUUCUGCUGGCCCAUUUUCAGCAUAGAGUAUUUACUAUAAUGACCUGUGCUGCAAUGAAAGUUUGCAAGUUUGUGGCAAAAAACAAGCUGUUUUUCAAGGGGAAAAUAUUUCUUUAAAUACGCAGGCCAAUGCAGGAGGAAUAUUUAUUUAUUUAUUAAAUUUAUAUACCACCCUCACUUUCUAAAGCAAAUGGAAUGGAAUGGAAUGGAAUGGAAUGGAAUGGAAUGGAAUGGAAUAGAAUAGAAUAGAAUAGAAUAGAAUAGAAUAGAAUAGAAUAGAAUAGAAUAGAAUAGAAUAGAAUAGAAUAGAAUUUUAUUGGCCAAGUGUGAUUGGACACACAAGGAAUUUGUGUUGGUGCAUACGCUCUCAGUGUACAUAAAAGAAAAGAUAUGUUCAUCAAGAAUCAUAAGGUACAACACUUAAUGAUAGUCAUAGGGUACAAAUAAGCAAUCAGGAACAAUAUCAAUAUAAAUCGUAAGAAUCCAAGCAAUAAAGUUACAGUCAUACAGUCAUAAGUAGAAGGAGAUGGGUGGUGGGAAUGAUGAGAAAAUUAAUAGUAGUGCAGACUUAGUAAAUAGUUUGACAGUGUUGAGGGAAUUAUUUGUUUAGCAGAGUGAUGGUGUUCGGGGAAAAACUGUUCUUCUAUCUAGUUCUGGUGUACAGUGCUCUAUAGCGUUGCUUUGAGAAUAGGAGUUGAAACAGUUUAUGUCCAGGAUGUGAGGGGUCCAUAAAUAUUUUCACAGCCCUCUUUUUGUCUCGUGCAGUAUACAGUAUACAGCUUACAGUUUAAAUCGUAGAUAUUAAAGUAUUAAAAUAUCAACAAUGUAUACAAACUAAAAAAACUGAUGACAAGGACAGCACAGAGGUGGCGUCUUCCCUAUUAGGCCACCAGCCUCCUCCAACAUGAAGGAUCCCCAUCAGGACCUCAAACUAUCCCUGUCAGCUGAAACUCUGACCUAUAGGAUGCAGAGCAUGCUGCUUCUGACAGAUUGAGUGGGGCAGGCCAAUCCCAUUGGGGUGAGAUGGUUCCUCAGCUAACCUGAUCUAUUCCAUGAAGGGCUUUAAAGGUGAUGACCAACAGCUUAAUUGAUCCUGGAAGCAAACUGGCAAUCAGUGGAGGUCACACAACACAGUAUUAUGUGUGACCUCCUGGGGUGGUCAGAACGGAUUAUUUUACUGCAUUCUGUACCAAUUGUAGCUUCCAAAUAUUCUUCAAGGGUAGCCCCAUGUAAAGCGUAUUGCGGGAAUCCAAAAUUAUCGUAUUUUUCAGAAUAUAAGACGCACCUUUUUACCCCCCAAAAGAGGGUGAAAAUCUGGGUGCAUCUUAUAGUCCGAAUGUAGUCCCACCCAGCCUCUGAAACGGAGAUUUCAGUGGCUGAAAAAAAAGCAAGGCGCAGAGCUCACAACCAAUGAACCUGUUGCUAAAGUUCAACUCUGGGAAUAGCUGAUUGGGGGUAUUCCGGGAAGCCGAUCCACCCCCAACCAGCUUUUUUCUUGGUGUGUCUUAUAGUCUGAAAAAUAGGGUGUAUGCACAUUUAUUCAGAGUUAAUAUCUUAAAAUUAGGUAGCCUCAGGCUCAAAUUUUUGUGGCAAGUAUAUUUUUUCUUGUUGUAUCUGCACCAGGCCAACAAAUCAUCAAUUAGCCUGCAAUUAGAAUUAUGAUAUUUUCUAAUUCUGAUUUGCAAGGUGCAGCAGAAAGAGAAAAUAUUAAAUAUUACAUCAGAAUCUGCCAUAUCAUAGACAGAAGUUACACAUUAUACUAAAAUAAAAAGUGGUUCCUUUGCUUUUUGCUUAGUAGAAUGUGAGAUACAUUUAAAGGCCACGGUUUAUAAUGUAGGUUAGUAUGUAAAUCCUGCUAGUAGACUUAUUCAGUACAUUACAGUUUUUAAAAGAUGUAGUGUGCUCUUCUGACCUAUGUAUAAUCUUUCUAAAACCUGUUAGCAUUCUUGUUUGCAUAAUAACACAUUUCAAAGUUUCAUUUCAAGAAUAUUAGAUUGAGAAUUAUUUCACUUUAUAAGUCUUAUAGAAUACCUGGAAUAAUUCUUUUUCAACAUGUUUUCCCCCUUCAGAAUAUCUCAAAUUGUUAUUUGUUUUGAGUAUAGUUAAGAGCAUUUCUGGUGAUUUUAUCAUCCAUUCGUGUUUCUUGUAAUCCUAAGGAAAAGUAAGAUAUAAAUGAAUUUUCUAGAAACUAUGUAUAAUAUGAAUUUUACCUUUUGUCUUUCUCUAUGUAUGUUAAUUUGCAACAUUCCAGUUUUCUUUUAUAAAUACUUGUUUUGUGUUUUUUAACAAAAAUAAGAUAUAUAGAUCUGAUAUGACUUUUUUCUCCCAAAACUACUGUAUUUAUAUUUUUAUAUCUCUUUUUAAUAAAUAAAUAUUUCAUAGAUUA